AUGAAAGCGGCUGUCGCCGAGAUAAUUGUUAUACGCGACACUGAGAGCGACGACGAACCGAGCGACGGCCAAACAACGGACGCGGGAUUUUCGUUAAUUGCUUGGAAUGAGGUGCAACGUCAACUGCUUCGACUCGCCAAUAACCCGUCACUGAGAAAGGACAACGAGGCUGUUGCAACGCUGUUGCGAGACUUGGGCAUUAUUUCGCUAUUGACAAACGACGUGCGAUGUGCACUGCAAGUUGCGUGCGAAAAGCUCGGAGAGCUGCUGAUGUUGCUGAGAGGUUAUGACCGCCGGUACCGGUUGUGUGAGAAGUUGGUGAUAUUGAUGUGUGAGGUGCUGAGUUUGGCACAGACUGUACCGUACCAGGUGAGGGAGAAGAAGGAGCGUUUGAUGAAGGAAGAGGUUGUCGACGUCCGUGAAGUUGGCCCGAUGGACGUUGCGUAUCGACUGAUGGACAAGUUGGGAGCUCUAUUGAUGCAGCGUGCGCGUUCCCGUGAUGGCCGUUCACUUGCCAUUAGCUCAACUAUGACCCGUCUGGAGACGAUGGGUGCGAGAUGUUCGCGUGAGAUUGAGAGAUAUCAGACCUCGGUGGUGAAGCACAAGAGGGAGAUCGAGAGUGCUGUUGAGGAGUGGGCGGAAACGAUGCGGCAGUGUCGCUGUGACUUGGAAUCGGAAUGGGAUGAGGCCAACGAGCGCGAGUGGAAAGUUUUCGACGACACGUUCAGGCGAACAACAACCGUGCAACUGAAGUUUGAAGAGAACAACAAGGGGUGCAAGUCGUUAAUGCACCGCCUACGCGAGAAAGAGUUGUGCCGCGAAUUCUAUCGAGCUUUGACGGCGCUAGUGUAUGCUAUUGCUCUACCUCCGGACAUGCAAGGACAAGAAAAGCAGCAUCGGGAAGAAACGUCAGAAGAAGUCACAUCGCUGCUCGGCAAUGAUAUGCUGAAUUACAUGGAGACAUUUUGUGGUGCUCUCCGGGAUGUGAUGACGUUGAGCUCGCGACAAUAUAGACACGCAUGUAAACAGGCGAACGAUACUGCUACAAGGAAUACGGGACAAGCGCGCCGUGCAGAAUUAGUCGAGUUCUCGAAGCAGUUCGAGGCAUUUUGGUUUAUUAAUCGAAGCUGGCUGCCACCUGGGAUGCUGGAUGUGGUCACCCGAAGUUUUGGUGCUUUAGGCGGAGUCGGUGCACAUGGAAAGUCAGCUACACUCAAUUUGACCUCGGAGUGUCCUCUACGCAACGCAAUAUGCCAUGUCUGCUUUUGCCUGCAAGCAGAUCGGUAA